ACGGCUACUGAUAGACGAUGAGUUAUUACACAGUGCAAUUGGGUGCACGUAUGCCGGAGUCAAUCAUUGGCCAAUUGCACCACAGGUCAAUCCUAGGCUGUCUCCCCCUAUUAUACGUUGAAUGUUUCCUUUGAAACUGAGUGACCUUCACGAUCUCCCCUCUCUCUCUUAUCCUUUUUCUUUUUUUGGAAGGGAUAUUUGUUGUCAUACAUUGGCUCCUCAUUUAUUCGCAAUCCCGGAUCACCACACGACUAUUUCUUAAUCCAAUUUGAAGCAUCCCAAGAAUCUCUCUCUCUCUCUCUCUCUCUUUUCUUUCUCUCUCAUCUUAUAAUUUUUGUUCCUUUGUUCCGUUCUUGAUGUCCUUUUCUUGUUAGUUCUUCGGAGGCGUUAUCCUUUGUGUUGUGGUGUGGGGCGUGUUUUUUCCUUUUGUUUUCUCUUUACCCUUUAUCGGUUUCUGUUCCUUUGAGAAAUUUAACUGCGAUAAUCAUACUCAUCUUUAAACCCAAUCUAUAUAAAAAUCCAUUCUUUCACUUUCUCUUGCGGCCUCUUUUUUCCAGUUCUCGUUUAUUCUUAUCACAUUUGUGGGGGAAUAAGCAGAAUCACGUUUCUCUCUGUAUAUGCGCCUUUUGGGAUUCUUGAAAAUUGUGUGAAUUUCUCGUUGAUGUCUUUGGCUGUUGGAGUUGCUACGACUUCAAAGGGCAUGGGGUUUGAUGAUAACAAGGGUGAUGGGGAAGAGGGUAACCCGGUUCAUAACCCGGAACCCGAAACCGAGGAUGAAGACGACGAUGAUGCCGAGGCCAAGAUUCAGUUGGGGCCUCAAUGCACUCUCAAAGAGUUGUCUGAAAAGGACAAGGAUGACGAGAGUUUGAGAAGAUGGAAGGAACAACUUCUUGGAAGCGUGGAUAUAAAUUCUGUUGGAGAAACACUUGAUCCAGAAGUGAAAAUCAUGAGCCUCACGAUUAAAACUGCUGGUAGGGAUGAUAUUGUUCUUCCGAUCCCUGAGGAUGGGAACCCGAAAAACCCGUGGUUCGUACUGAAAGAGGGAAGCCGAUAUAACCUUGUGUUUACGUUCCAGGUCAGCAACAAUAUUGUAUCCGGCUUCAAGUACAAGAACAAUGUCUGGAAAACCGGCAUUAAAGUGGACAACACGAAAGAGAUGAUCGGAACCUUCAGCCCGCAGCCGGAACCUUAUACACAUGUAAUGCCGGAAGAGACCACCCCCGCUGGAAUUUUUGCUAGAGGAUCAUAUUCAGCAAAAACUCAGUUCCUGGAUGAUGACAAGAGAUGCUACCUGGAGCUGAAUUAUAGUUUCGAGAUCAAGAAAGAGUGGCAGUAGACAUAAACGAAGAGGAUCCGAUCCAUGUUAGAACCCCAUUUCCUGUGCCCUGAGAAUGUACCUUGUUUCAGUGUUUGUUUCUCAAGUAUUUUUUCCAUCGACUGUUGGUAUGUUGUGUGAUGAGAUGAUAGAACCAGGAGGUGAGAUUAGAUUGGUUGUUGAAGUGGAUGAUACAUUUUAGCAUUAAUUUGUUGAUUGUCACUUGUGCUUCA